AGAAAAGUAUCAGUCACGUACUUGAUACAGAACCUUAAACAGCGUGUGUUUUUCGAAUCAUGCGGUUGAUAUCAUUACAUAGGUACUUCUCUUCAAGUCUGUCUUAUUGUGCUUUAAUUUUCAAUUUUUGUUGAAUUUCGACUGUAGUCGUUGCGUAUUUUUUUGUGAUCCCAUGUAAAACUAUGUUAUUGCUCUGGAUAUCAUGUAUGAAUAUUUUUGCUGUCGCUUUCAAUCAUGGAGCAUAUACCAAUGUCCAGUCAUUCAGGAGGAAUUCUCCGGCAAAUUCCCCGAAAACUUCAUCGUUGCAACUCGAUGAUUUAUGUCAAACACAAAUAAUUAAAACAAACCUUGCAUCCAAGAAGAACUCAAUAAACUUGUACUCUAAUUCCUUUCGAGAUUUGGUUUGCAAGAGUUCUAUUUUCGUCGAUAAUUCAUUACUAAUACAUCACGUGCUUGAAAAAGGGAAAACAUUGGUUAGCCUUCCUCGGGCUUUUGGCAAAACCAUCAACCUAUCGAUGAUCGGUUUUUUCUACGAACUGCAAGUAAGAAAUGGACGCCUCGUACCCCGAAAUGAAACCGACGCUUUCAAGGCCUUUGUCAACAAAAAAAUGCAAUGUGGUUCUGUCGUCGUUAAAAUGAACCGAAAUUUUUUAAUUAAGAAGUUCAGGUCUCGCAUAGAUGAUUCAGUUUUUCAGGACAUUGGUUCACUUCCGGUAAUAUAUUUGUAUUUCGGUCAUCCUCAACAAUUAUCAUAUUCGAGUAACUUCGAUUCGAUGGUUCAAGAACGUAUCGUGAAUGCGAUGCGGUAUCAGUUGGAUAUUGCGAAACGCAUUGCUUCAAAUCAUAAUAAAGCUGCUGAUUUGGUUAACAAGAUCGAGAAAUUAAUUGAGAAGGUACACCCACCUGUGGAAGACAUGUCUAAUUGCGUAUUUAAUUUAAUCGAAGAGUUACAUUCAUUCUACAAACGCAAAGUAGUUGUUCUAAUAGACGAAUACGACGUGAUGCUGAAUGACGUUUAUUUCGGUUUUUACAGCGCCAGGGAAUUGGAGAUCGCUGACAAGGACGACAUAUUGGGGUCUUUCGCAAUCUUCCUCGGUGAUAUCGUGAAGCGAUCGAAAAACAUACACUUGGCUGUGGUCACUGGUAGUAUUUCAUGUUGGAGGGACGCAGGAAUGUUCACAGAAUUGCGUCGAAUGUCUAUCAACACAGCGUCUGGUGGAGAUGGAAACGUCAACAGAUUUUAUGGUAUGAAUCCUGCCAUCGUUAAGGGAAUAUUGCAAGAAGUCGGAAUGGCAGAUGGGUUUGAAACGGCGCGAUUUUUUUUCGAUGGAUAUGAUUUCGGAAAUGACUCGCACGCAAUCGUGAAAUACAAUCCGUUUGCAAUUGCAAAGUUCGUCGAACAAGGAUACGUCACAGAUCCGGUGAAUUUUUGGACGGCCAAUGGUCGCGUUCAAGACUUACUCGUGCAUUUCCUCAAACAUCGCAAGUUUUUCCAUAAGUUCUGUAUGUUGUUAGGGAGAAUCUCCGUUCCGAUAGAAAUGGCCGUCGAUUCGUUCAUGAUUAACACGUGUUCCCUACGUGAGUUGACCAGUAUAAUUAAUCUCGACCUCAAUUACGAUGUAAGCAAUUUAUACGUAGUUCGUCCGGAGCAGGAGUGUGGCGAAUCAAUCGUAAAUUUGGGGUUUCGUAUUCUGCUUGCAGCAGGUUAUCUCACUCGAGAUAGAAAUUUAACUCUGAAAAUGACCAACGACUCGUCCGAAUCCGACUACGAGUUCUUGUAUGUGAAAAUUCCAAAUCAAGAAGUCCUGAUUUCAUUGUGGAUCGAGUUUUAUAAUACUUUUGAUGGCCAUCCUACAGAGGAGGUUAUCGAAAAAGAACGUAGAUAUCGAGAUACUCUUUAUCAAUGUAAUUUCGCGUUGGAAAGGUUUUUGCGUGACCAUUGUUCAAAUACUCGUACUUUUACAGCCGGUGUAUAUUACAAUCGUGAAAAUUCGCCAAUUUUUGUAAAUUAUCACCUUCGUCCCUACAUUAAAAGCUUGGUGGGCGCAUUUCAAAAAGUAUUGGACAAUUAUUUGCCGGUUUCGAAGGAAAUUGAACCUGGGAAACCGAACGCUUAUCGUAAUGAAGCUUUUAUUCAAGGGCUGUUACUGACAAUCGCCAAUAUUGAAUCUGAUAGUAUUCAGAUUAUGGAAACUAAACAUCUUAUGUCUGAUUCGGAUAGUAAAGUGAAACGAGGCGAUAUCGUUUUGAAAACACCUAAAGGACCUCUCACUGUAUUCGAAAUAAGGACCGUGGACAGUUUUGUCGACUUAUACACUGAAAUGUCAACGGCUUUGGAUCAGGCGAAGAAACAUGUUCAGUGGUACUUUUAUGGCGAGAAGUUCAGGAAAUACAAUGUUAACAAAGCCAGAGCUGUUGCAGUUGUUUUUUCCAAAGUACGCAAAUUAGUGCUCAUUGGCGCAAUAUCGGUUGAAAAGGCUUCAGGAAGGGGAAAUUCAACACACAUUACAUAUCUUGGACAUUUUCCAGAAUUGUAACAGUAUUAACCAUACCAAUUUAUCC